UGGAGAGAGCGCGGGGGCGCGCGUGCGCAGUGGCGCGGGGAGGAGCAGGGACCUGGCAGCGGGUUAGGAGGCUGUGAGCUAUCCGCGAACCGGGCGGACGGCGGGCGCGCGCACCAUGGGGGAGAAACCCGGGACCAGGGUCUUCAAGAAGUCAAGUCCUAACUGCAAGCUCACCGUGUACCUGGGAAAGCGGGACUUUGUGGACCACCUGGACAAAGUGGAUCCUGUAGAUGGUGUGGUGCUAGUGGACCCGGACUACUUGAAGGACCGAAAAGUGUUUGUGACCCUCACCUGCGCCUUUCGCUAUGGCCGCGAAGACCUGGACGUGCUGGGCUUGUCCUUCCGCAAAGACCUGUUCAUCGCCAACUACCAGGCCUUCCCCCCAACGCCCAACCCACCCCGGCCCCCCACCCGCCUGCAGGAGCGGCUGCUGAGGAAGCUGGGCCAGCAUGCCCACCCCUUUUUUUUCACAAUACCCCAGAACCUGCCCUGCUCCGUCACCCUGCAGCCAGGCCCAGAGGACACGGGGAAGGCCUGCGGGGUAGACUUUGAGAUUCGAGCCUUCUGCGCCAAAUCACUAGAAGAGAAAAGCCACAAACGGAACUCUGUGCGUCUGGUGAUCCGAAAGGUGCAGUUUGCCCCAGAGAAACCCGGCCCCCAGCCUUCAGCUGAAACCACACGCCACUUCCUCAUGUCUGACCGGUCCCUGCACCUUGAGGCUUCGCUGGACAAGGAGCUGUACUACCAUGGGGAGCCCCUCAAUGUCAAUGUCCACGUCACCAAUAACUCCACCAAGACUGUCAAGAAGAUCAAAGUCUCUGUGAGACAGUACGCCGACAUCUGCCUCUUCAGCACUGCCCAGUACAAGUGCCCCGUGGCUCAGGUCGAACAAGAUGACCAGGUGUCGCCCAGUUCCACGUUCUGUAAGGUGUACACCAUAACCCCGCUGCUCAGCAACAACCGGGAGAAGCGCGGCCUCGCCCUGGAUGGGAAGCUCAAGCACGAGGACACCAACCUGGCGUCCAGCACCAUUGUGAAGGAGGGUGCCAACAAGGAGGUGCUGGGGAUCCUGGUGUCCUACAGGGUCAAGGUGAAGCUGGUGGUGUCUCGAGGCGGGGACGUCUCAGUGGAGCUGCCAUUUGUUCUCAUGCACCCCAAGCCCCAUGAUCACAUCGCCCUUCCCAGGCCCCAGUCAGCACCCACCCACCCCCCGACUCUCCUCCCCUCAGCUGCUCCUGAAACAGAUGCCCCUGUGGACACCAACCUCAUUGAAUUCGAAACCAACAUCUCCAGUCCCAAGGCUGCUCCGGUGCCUCUGUCUCUGGGAGGGGAGGGGACUGGGAGGUGGAGGAGGCCGCGGCCUGGGGCCCCCACCUCAUCCCCUCCUCUCUACCACCAAGCUAUGCCACAGACGACGACAUCGUGUUUGAGGACUUUGCCCGGCUGCGGCUCAAGGGGCUGAAGGACGAGGACUAUGACGACCAGUUCUGCUAGGAAGGGAGGCUGGAAGAAGGGAGUGGAUGGCAGGGCGGGGGACAGGUGGAGGCAGGACCAAGACCCCCACUGUCACUGAGGGGGAUCCCAGUCCCUCUUCCCUUCCCCUGCACCCACCGGCUUCCUCGACCAACCCCUCCCCCCCUCCCUGCCCCACCCCCCACCAGAUACGCACUGGACCCAGCUCUUGUGGAACAUGGGCAUUAAUUUUUUGACUUUAGCUGUGCUUCCCCAAUCCCCCAGUGGGUGGCAAGCUGUGUUCACACCUCAAUUUUUUGGAGGGGAAACUGAAGAGGAGUGAUAGUAGGAAAAGAGGGGGAAAGCACUCCCACAUUCAACCUCACACCGACACCCCCUCCUGUCACUCUUCUCUGCCUCCCAUUCCUUCAGGAUGAGACCCUUUGGGGGGCAAGACCACGUUGCUGUUUCUGAGCAUAAAGAAGAAAAUAAACCUUUUAAUAGGC